AUGCGCCAAAUCGAGCGUCUUAGCAUCGUGGUUCUGCUGCUUUGCUCCGUUGUGUGGCUCGCGAGACGCUUCAGUACCCCGUCGUUGGAAGUUCACCAGUUGUCUCGUUGGCAUAAUGGGAUCAAAUUGGGAUACACAACGACCAUCCCAACUCCCACCACUUCUCGAAAUAUCUCAACCACUAGAAGAAAGCGACCAAGCAUCACCGACCUGUUGCCCUCACGGCAUAGGGGAGCUGAGUCAUCUAACAAUCAGGAACACACCAAGAUCAAAAUCACAGCAAUCGACCGCGUUAUUGUUGUUGGGAAGACGAAAGAGGACGACACGAGCUGGAUAGAAAACGAGUUGCCCAGCUGGCAGCACGCGAUCUACGCAGUGGAUGACCCAGAAGCACCCCUCCAUGUAGCCAAGAACAAAGGAAAAGAAGCCAAUGUGUACCUGCAAUACAUAAUCGACAAUUACGAUGACCUCCCAUCAACCAUCGUCUUCCUCCAUAGCCACCGGGACGGCUAUCCAAGAGCCUGGCACACGGAAUUUUCCGACCACAGCAAUGUGCGCACCGUCCGGAUGUUGCAGACAGGGUUCAUCCAGCGCAACGGGUACGCCAACCUGCGCUGCAACCCCAACCCGGGUUGUCCUGACGAGAUCCGCCCAUCUCGCGGAUUAAGCGACGAAGAGCACCUGCCGGAGCAAGUAUUUCCUGAAAUUUGGAAGACGUUCUUCAACAACACCAAUGUCCCAGAGGUCAUCGCGACCCCAUGUUGCGCGCAAUUUGCGGUGUCGAGAACGCAGGUGCUGCAGCGCCCAUUAAACAACUAUAUGCGAUAUCACAAAUGGCUUAUGGAGACUGAACUACCAGAUGAAGUCAGUGGACGAGUCAUGGAGUAUAUGUGGCAUAUAAUAUUUGGGCAGGAUCCCGUUUAUUGCCCUGAUAUGUACCAAUGUUACGAAGAUGUUUACGGCACUUUUGAUUAA